AUGCGCAUCAUUCACGAGACGCUCAACGGCAGCUACACCUACCGCGGGUCGAAAUCUGGUAAGAAGGGCCUGAUCGACAAUGAAGCGGAUGCCGGCGGCUUGGAAGACUAUCCCAAGGCCUCGUGGCCGGAGACCUGGGAUGCCGACAACGACGGAAUCGCCGACUGGUGGGACGGCUCGACCGGCGGCGACGGAUACACAGCCAUCGAGGGCUAUCUUCACUUCAUGGCUGAGCCGCACGUGUUCGUCACUCCGGGAGGAUCGGUCAAGUUCAACUUGAGGAAGCUCGCCGCCGGUUUCAAAACCCCGUCGUUCAAGGUCUCCGGCAGCAGGUUGGGGUCUGUGAAGAUAUCUGGGGGACUGGCAACCUACACGUCGAGUGGGGAUGCUGGUGUCGAUCACUUUACCGUCAAUAUCUCGGACAGCGAGGGCAGUGAGUGGGAGAGAACGGUGGGAGUGGGGAUCUUCAAGGGGGCCGAUUCGUUGUCAUAA